GAGAGUUUCCGCCAUUUUUGAAAAUCGGGAAGGUCUGGGGCUAAGUGCAGUUGCCGACGCGAUGGCAGCCUUUGCCGUGGAACCCCAGGCACCCACGCUGGGAUCUGAACCAAUGAUGCUGGGUUCACCCACGUCACCAAAGCCGGGGGUUAAUGCCCAGUUCUUACCUGGAUUUUUAAUGGGGGAUUUGCCAGCUCCAGUGACUCCACAACCUCGAUCAAUUAGUGGCCCUUCAGUAGGAGUAAUGGAAAUGAGGUCACCUUUACUUGCAGGCGGGUCGCCACCGCAACCAGUUGUACCAGCUCAUAAAGAUAAAAGUGGAGCUCCACCAGUUAGAAGUAUAUACGAUGACAUUUCCAGCCCUGGACUUGGAUCAACACCUUUAACUUCAAGAAAACAGCCAAACAUUUCUGUAAUGCAGAGUCCUCUUGUUGGAGUGAUGACAACUACUCCUGGAACAGAUACUUUGUUGUUAGUGUCUAGAAACGGACCUGAUUUCUGGCAAAGUAUGUUUAGUCCAGCAAGCAUUGGUCAGCCACGAAAGACAACAUUAUCUCCUGCCCAGUUGGAUCCUUUUUAUACUCAAGGAGAUUCUCUGACUUCAGAAGAUCACCUCGAUGACACUUGGGUGACUGUAUUCGGGUUUCCUCAAGCAUCUGCUUCCUAUAUAUUACUACAGUUUGCACAGUAUGGGAAUAUCUUAAAACAUGUGAUGUCUAACACAGGAAAUUGGAUGCACAUUCGUUACCAGUCUAAACUGCAGGCCCGGAAAGCCUUAAGCAAAGAUGGGAGGAUUUUUGGAGAGUCCAUCAUGAUUGGUGUAAAACCAUGUAUAGAUAAAAGUGUUAUGGAAAACAGUGACAGGUGUGCUUUAUCAUCUCCAUCUCUAGCCUUUACACCACCAAUCAAAACCUUAGGUACACCAACCCAACCUGGAAGUACUCCUAGGAUUUCUACCAUGAGACCUCUUGCUACAGCAUACAAAGCUUCUACUAGUGACUAUCAGGUUAUUUCUGACAGACAAACGCCAAAAAAAGACGAAAGUCUUGUAUCCAAAGCAAUGGAGUACAUGUUCGGCUGGUAGUAUAGUAAGAGCUAAGAACUCAACUACAAAGGAGGAGGCUGCUACACUAAAACAGAGUUAGCAGAGUACUGCUGGGUUUCCUUCGGUUAGUUGUAUAACCACUCUUGGCAGUAUGGGAUUGCUAUCUCAUGCUUCCUUUAGAAGCCUUUUUCUUUAAGGAUACAGCGUAUUUGUAGCUUGCACUUUAAAAGAUGUUUGAGAUACGUUUUAAAGAAACAAAAAAUCCCUGUAAAUAGGAUUUUGUGCUUUCUGGGAUAGUGCAUGCUUAGCACAAAAAACUCAGCAUUGAUUACUAUAAAUUAUAUAAUUGAGUUUGUGGUGAGGCUUUGUAGUCUUCAUGAGUUGGUGGGGUGAAUUUCAUGAAGAGUAACUGUACAGUUGCUUCUAACAAGACACAAAGAUAACUAACAAUUUGAAUUAUGGUCUUUUAAUUUAGAUAGUAUUUAAUAUUUUAAUUAUCCUUGUUUGUAUCUGUCCUGUUGUGGAUUGUCAUCUUUCAGUAUUCUAAAACCAAAACAGUCUUUUAAAAAAACCUGCUAACUUUCUUGAUAAUAAACUUUGUCAAUUGUACGUAUUGAA